AUGUUAAAGGCUUCUGAUGCAUCAACUACACCGCAAAUUACGUCUACUACCGGCGGAACUGUUGCAUCAUCCACACCGACCGAUUCAACCACACAAUCAGUGACUUCACCUACACUUACAAACACCAAUGUUGUAAGUACUUCUGAUGCAUCAACCACACCACAAAUUACGUCUACUUCCGGCGGAACCGUUGCAUCAUCCACACCGACCGAUUCAACCACACAAUCAGUGACUUCACCUACACUUACAAGCACCAAUGUUGUAAGUACUUCUGAUGCAUCAACCACACCACAAAUUACGUCUACUACCGGCGGAACCGUUGCAUCAUCCCACCGACCGAUUCAACCACAAUCAGUGACUUCACCUACACUUACAAGCACCAAUGUUGUAAGUACUUCUGAUGCAUCAACCACACCACAAAUUACGUCUACUACCGGCGGAAGCGUUGCAUCAUCCACACCGACGGACUCAACCACACAAUCAGUGACUUCACCUACACUUACAAGCACCAAUGUUGUUAGUACUUCUGAUGCAUCAACCACACCACAAAUUACGUCUACUAAUGUUGGGGAACCGUUGCAUCAUCCACACCGACGGACUCAACCACACAAUCAGUGA